AAUAGGGGCAUGUUGAUUUUGACUCAGCCAGUGAUGUUAUACUUUUCGAUAGGAAGAUUCUAAAGUACUGUAAAGAAGGUUAUACAUUUAUAUUCUUACUGUGGGACCACUAUUUCAGUUAUUGUUAAUAUGAGAAGGUGCACGUGGUACGCAUAAUUUCGUUAUUGGCGUGACAAAGUGUAUUAUUUAUGCCGCCUGUUCUGUACAGAAUAGAAUAGCGUAAAUUGACCCAUAUUCAACCCGCCUGUGUGAUCUAGCCUACCAAUUCUCGUUUGUUGUCAUCAAAAGUAUUUGAGAGACGGAGUUGUCACGUUUUGUGUUUUGUUUACAUUUAUCAGGAGCAAUCAACGUUCGAGGUUGUCUUCUCUGUUAGAUUUCUGCUAAUUAUACACUCGUUUACAAUGGUCUAAAUGGCAUGGGCCGUUUAAAGAAACUUGAUAUCCGUUCGACUUCAAGUAACUCGGUGUGCAGUUGAUAAGCAAUCCAAGUCAACAUACAUUUGGCAAUAGCCGACAAAAGUCUAUGUCGGCAAUCCAUUGUGUUAGCGAAUAAGGAUUAUAAAGAUUUGGAGUACUAUUCUGUUUCAAAAAUGGCUUUCAUAGCAGACAGCGGUCGUGUGGAUGGAUCAUGGACAUUACAAAUAACUGUGACAGAUUUACAAGUUGAAAAAGUUCUAAGAGUAAAAGGUGAUGAACAUGUUGGGGGUGUUAUGCUUCGACUAGUGGAAGCAUUAGAUAUUGCUUUGGAUUGGUCAGACCAUGCAUUAUGGUGGCCAGAAAGAAAUAUGUGGUUAUCGCGUACACGAUCCACCCUAGAUCAGUACAGUGUUCAGGCCGAUGCCAAAUUACAAUUUACACCAAUGCACAAAAAUUUACGGAUACAAUUACCUGAUUUACAAGUGUUAGAUAUGAGAGUGGAUUUUUCUACAAAAGUUUUUGCAACAGUGGUACACUUGUGCAAGGAAUUAGGUAUCCGAUUUCCAGAAGAAAUGUCUUUUCUUCGGAGACUUGAUAAAGAUGAUUUAAAGCGAGUGGUUAAAGAAGCAACUAAAAAGAAAAAGAAAGAUCCUGAAGCAGCCGGUCCACUUAGUUCUAAUGGUCAUCAUUCUUCAUCAGGUAGUCUAGAUGGGCUUAGUCCUUUUCCUAGCAGAAGUCCAAUGGGACCUUCUCCUUCAAGCACUUUAAUUCGAUCAGCAGGAAGUCCAUAUAAUAUGUCAGGAAAUAUGUCACAAUUUAAUUCCUUUAAUGGCACAAUAUCUCCUGGUUCCAUGCACAGUUUAUCGUUUGAAGGAGUAAUGGAGUCAACAUUAGCAAUCAGUCCGCCGGUGCCCACUAAAGAAGCUUUCCAAUAUCUUUACAGACCCAAAAACUUCAUAGAAAAAGCAAGAAUUAACUGUGUAUGGUUAGAUUCUUCCCGAUCUUUAAUGGAACAAGGAAUACGAGAAAAUGAUUUUAUUAUCUUUAAAUACAAAUUCUACAGUUUCUAUGAUUUAAAUCCAAAGUAUGAUGCUAUAAGAAUUAAUCAGAUAUAUGAGCAAGCCAAAUGGUCUUUAAUGGCAGAGGAAACUGAUUGUACAGAGGAAGAAAUGAUGAUGUUUGCAGCCUUGCAAUUCCAAGUUCAACUACAGUCUGGACUUCCGCAACCUGAUCUCGAUAUGACCAACAAUAUGAACCACACAGAAGAUGAUGAUAUUGAUGCUGCUCUUAAAGACUUGCAGGAAUCAUUAGAAGGAAACUCAAUAUCCACCCCAGGAGACAUAACUCACAUACCAGAACUUGGAGAUUUUGUGCGAUUUUUAAAGCCUAAAAAACUAACAUUAAAAAGUUACAAACGAUAUUGGGCUACAUUUAAAGACACACAUAUUGCUUUCUAUAGAAAUCGUGAAGAUACAACCGCUCAGCCUCUAAUGAGAUACUGUGUUAGAGGAUGUGAAGCUCAACCUGAUGUAAAUUUAACAGCUAAAAAAUAUGGUAUUAAAAUGUUUGUACCUGAUGCUGAUGGCAUGACAGAAAUAUGUUUAAGAUUCGACUCAGAAGAACAAUAUUGUCGAUGGAUGGCAGCCAGUAAAUUAUCAUCUAAAGGAAAGACAAUGGCUGAUAGUUCUUAUAGUGCUGAAGUUCAAGCCUUACAGACGUUCCUUAGUAUGCAACAUACAGCUCCUACACCCUCUAUAAAUACUAGUAAUGUUGAUAUACAAGCAGAAGAUUUCGUAGCUCCUAGAUUCUAUAAGAAAGUUAAAUCCAAAACACUUGUACAGAAAAUAAUGGAAGCACAUGCUAAUGUCCGUGAGAUGAGUUUAAUGGACUCUAAAUUAGCAUUUAUUAAAGCUUGGCAGUCAUUACCAGAAUAUGGAAUUACAUAUUUUGUAGUUAAAAUGGCUAAUGGUAAAAAAGAGGAAUUAUUAGGAGUAGCAAGUAACAGAAUAAUUCGCAUGGAUUUACAAACGGGUGAUUCAAUCAAAACAUGGCGCUAUAACACUUUACAGUCUUGGCACGUAAACUGGGAAGUAGAAAAUAUGAUUCUAGAAUUCGAGGAGGAACGAGUUACAUUCGCUUGUCUGGGAGCUCCGUGCAAAGUAGUACACGAAUUCAUUGGUGGUUAUAUAUUCCUUUCAAUGAGGUCACAGGACAAGAACCAGUCACUGAAUGAAGAGAUGUUUCACAAAUUAACAGGAGGCUGGUCCUGAGGAUAGUAUAGGCCAAUCAAAUUCUCUGUUGCAAGAUCAGUGCCUAUUUAUAUGGAGUAUGUUGCCAUAGUGACUGUCCGUCAAAAGUUUUACUGCUGUUGACCUAUGUAGAUCUUUGUUUGGUACCAACUAUUUAAUUUCUAGUUUUAAAAGGUUUAUCAUAUUGUUAUUGCUAUUUGCAAGUGUUUAUAGUGUUAUGUUAUUUAAAAACCAGAGAAAAAUACAGAAAUAAAUAAAAAGACUUUUUGUUGAAGUGUAGCAAUGGAAGACCACGAUUGGUUAUAGGAGUAGAAUGUAGAAAGAUUGACUAGACACUUGUGUUAAAAAACAGUGAAUAAACUAUCAAGUGAAAGUUUUUUUUGGACAGUGUUGGAACUAUAGUCUAAUAACGGACUAAAAACACUGAUUUCUAGUGCUUUAUUGAUAUUUAACAUGUGACAGUGAGUGAUUUUUUUUUGGUAAUAUUUAGAAGAGUUACCUCUCUUAGAUAGGAGGGGGGAAAUUAUAUGUCAAUAUUGAUAAUGAAAUAACAACAUUAGUUAUUUUAUUUUACAUAUAAAUGAAGGUUAAUUAAUACAACUUAUAUAUGUCCUGUAUUCAAAUAUUUAAUGAAAUCUUUGUUUUAUUAUUAUUAUUUUGAUUUGAUAAAAUAUGAAUGUUCGAAAUUAUUUUAAGUUUGAAUUUGUUUUAUAAUGCAUGAGUAGAUUUAUAGACCAUCAUUUAGUUCAUUUAAAUGUAUUUAUUAUAAAUUAUCAUUCAUGUUGGUGACUGAUCAUUCUUCAAAUUUCUAUCAGUGUCGAUUAAUACAUUUUCUACAUUGGUAAAAAAAUAAUAAUCGAAAAGAUAGAAUGUCUUUUUAUAUGAGCUGAUUAAAUCUGGUUUGCGCACAAUUUUUAUAAUCUUAAAAUAUGCAGAAACCUGUGUUUUAAAACCGCUAAAUUUUAUUAUGCUGAAAAGUGCUCAUGUGAUAACCAACAUCUGUGAAACCAUGUAUUUCAUCUGUACAUGUAAAUCAUGAAACCAAGUGAAGACCUUCAUAAAAAAAAAAAAAAAUACCAAAGAUUUUUUUUUUACUUUUUAACUUACCACUGCACAGUUUCACCUUUUGGCAAUAUGUGUUGUUUUGAAAAUAUCUAUUUAUGCUUUGGUCACCCAACAUUUAGAUCUACCUAGAUUUGAAACAAAUUUCUUUUUUAUUUCUGAACUUAGUGUGUAUAUGUUUCAAUCUGUAUUUUAUAUCCAAGCCUUUGUUCUUUUAUUUUCUAUAAGCACAUUGGAAAAAAAAUUGUAAUGCUGACUAAUCACAAGCUUUUGGUAUGGUCAUGUUUUCAUUAAAUGUGAUAAACUUAUGACAUAUAGGUAAUAGAUAAAUAUAUCAUGACAACCGGUUUCUUACUGGUCAUUAUAUUUUAUAAUAAUGAUUUAUGGAGCAAUGAAAGAAGUUGGACAGUUGUCUACACUUAUAUUAGCUGGCCUGAUAACUAGAUUUGUGAAAACAUUUAAGGAAUGCUUCAUAGCAUUACACGACCUCAGAAUGGUUAAUUUCGGUCCCAGGUUUUGUGUGAGCUGUAAACUCCCAUGCCUCAUUCGCAAAACUAGUGUUAGAAAACUGACUAGUUUCUGUUAUUGAUACCAGACAUUGUUAAAAGUGCGGUAUUGUUUAUAGAAUUGUAUAUGAAUAGUAAUAUUAAUUGCAAGAAAGAGAAGCGCACUAUGUUAAUAACCCAUGGAUACAGUUAUACAUGUAAUAUAUAAAUUGUAUUUGUCAACCUAAUGGUGCUGUAAGUAUAUUGUUGUUACAUAAAUAAAAUAAUAUAUUAUUAACAUGUAUAUAGAUCGACUAUAUGUAGGUAAUAUGUACAGAAGUAGGUAUUAUAUCUUUACUCUUCUAUCUUUCAUUUUAAUCCUCCAGUCUUAUUUACUAAAACCUCAAAACUUAUUGAGUUGUACGUUAUAAUUAUAUCGGCCAUUAUGAUACACAGUUACAAAAUAUAUUGAGAUAUCCAGAAUAUAUAUACAAUCACUUACAGUAUAAGAAAUUUCUACAUAAAUUGUAUAUGAUUGUAUUCUCAGAUAGUACCUCCAUAUGGCAAAAAUUUCCUUUUAGUUCAAUAAAUAUAUAUGUCAAAGUAUACUGUAUACAUAUAUUCAUAAUUCUAUAUAUUUAAUAUUUACAGUACAUAUUUAGGGAAAACUCCGGUGCAAUUCAUAUGAUAGACAUUGAUGCAUAGAUAUCUUACUUAUACUGUAGCCUAUAUCAACAACAUUAAAAUUAUUAUUAUUAAAUAUUUAUCUUCUCUCCAAAGCUCAUGCAUCCAACAUUAUAAUUUAAAUAUUUGUCAUAGAAAUGAUUAAUACAUCUCAUCAAUGUUCAAGGAAAUUAGCAUUUAAAAAAACAAAACAAUAUCAGGCAACCAGUUGUAUUCAAUUAUUGCUCUUCAAAACUUGUUCAUUUGUCAAAUAAUGUAGAAAUCACACAUUUCAUAUUUUUAGCUAUAUAGAUUUAGAUACCAUAAUUUCAUUAACUACCUCUUAUUUUUAGCUUUCAUUUUGAGUUUUGAUUUAUGAAAUGAUCAAAUUAUGUAGUCGUUAAUUACGUAUUGGAAUAUGCAUAAUGAUUUGGAUUUUUUUUUUAUUGUCAUCAGAAAAAAAGUAGUAAAUUAUAAAAUACUUUUUGGAGUGACAGAAGGAAUUGAAAUACUAUGUAUGUAUAUGAAAUCAUUCAGAAAAAUAAUUAAAUUAUUUAUUAAAAAUUGAUAUUAGAUUCUGCAUGUCUCUGGUUUAAAUAUACAUUUGUUUAAUAUUUAGGAAAACUGUGGAAUAUCCUUUACUUAUAUAACUGUACAUGUAUAAACUUUUUAUAUUAACUUUGCCUUGGAAACUAAUUAAUAAUGCAGAUCAUUAUGCUGUAUGUAUAAGAUUGUUGUAUAGGCUAGACUCUAUAUGUGCCAUUGUUUUAUUAUUUUUUAGACAUAAAAAGCUUAAAGAAAAUUUUGAGUGUACAGUACUAUGUUUUUAUGUUAAUAUUAUUAAUAUCUGUGAUUAUAAAGCGUACAGAUAUCUUGCUGAUGGUAUAGUGUCUUCCUACUGUAUUAAAACCUACUUAUUACACUA